AUAUGAACUUGGUAUCAUCCAAUCUCAAAGUAGAUGUUUGGGUCAGGAAAGAACCACGUUGCUUCCAGUUUUGGCAUGAAAAUUUGUUUUACGUUGUUUCAGUGUGACAUUAUUAGUCCUACAAUUAGUUAAUUGCGAAUUUAAAGCAAUGGGGAAGAGGAAGAAAGAAGAGCCAGCUGCACAGAUAGCAGGGAAAGAUAACUUACAGAGGAUGAAUUUUCUGUACCAGAUGGCCCACACAGUGAUGUCCGUCAACCCAAAGAAUGUGCAGCUCGCCAGAUACUACACCAGCACACUCAAGAAUAUCUCCAAAACCUGUGUGCAGAGACAGGACCCUAGUGUUAAGAGGACCAUCUGUAAGAGAUGUGACUCUUUACUCAUCCCUGGAGUCACGGCUACUGUCAGAAUCAGAGCAAAGCGCGAGAAGCAUGUGGUGGUGACCUGCUUAGAGUGCCGCAUGGUGAGACGAUUUCUCGCGAGGAAAGACUACCAGCUGUGGACCGAACUUCCCACAUCGCUGGCGUCACAACAACAUAAAACAGCAACAGCUACUCACAAAAAACAUGACUCCAAAACUUCAGCUUCAACUUCUGGUGAAAGGAAUCAUUCUAAAAGUAAAAGUUUAGCUGCCGGAAAAAAGAAUAAUGGUGGAAGUAAAACUUUCACUGCUGAUUAAAAGAAAACUUCUGAAACUGCAAGUUCAACUACUCAGUGAAUAGAAGACCUGUCCAGUAGUAACUGCUGCAACUGGCCAAAGUGACUUGUAGUAAAUACAGUUAAAACUGCCCACUUAGGGAUGCAAUAAAAUCUGGUCUAUCUGGACAGGUGGCUAGUGUUUAAAUGGAAAAAUAUCAUGUUUAAGUUAGGGACUGUAAUUUAUUUAUAUGUGAAUCACUUGUUUUUGUGAAUCAUGGUCAUUAAUUUAUCACUCUUGAUUCUUUCCAAUAAAGACGGUCACACAAAUUGCAUAAAAACAUUGUAAUGGAAGAAAUAAUUCAUUCAACUUAAGGAUCCGUCACAAUGUCUAGUCCACAUAUGGUUAUAUGACAAAAUUACAGGUACAGCAUUUUUAGUUCAGAACAUUUUCUGAAAAUAAACCAGCUUAAACAAUCCUAACUGCCUGUCACAAUAGGUGGGAAAUUGAAUACGAGUAAACUAUAGUUUAACCAACGAAACAGUUGCUGCAUGUGUCAAAUAUUUUCUUUUUAUGUUCAAUUUUGCUUUUAAUUUUCAUAUUUGUACACAAUGAGUGAGAGUAUGUGAUACCAAUUUUGCUGAUUUUUAUAUGGGUUUCCAAUUCUGCCAAACUAUUAAAUUAGAAUGUUGUUAAUGGUAGUCAUAAUUACCUAGCCUUUUCAUACUAUUACAUGUACACAUUAAACAUAGAAUUUUUAUACAGUACAAAUAAAACAUUUCAAACAGUA